AUGGCGACCUCCCUGAAAGGCACCUCCAAACAGCCUUAUUUGCCAGAAGUGGCCGCCGUACUUGCUCAAGCGCCUGAUUUAGCUGUUUGGGAAAGCGACGAGGAUAUUUUCAAAGCACGCAAGACGGUAGCAGCUUUGUACGAAUAUGAGAAAUGUGCUAUUCUGUCACAUCCAGAUUUCAUUAUCGAAGACCGGCUUAUUCCAGGUCCCCGUGGCGAUAUUGUUAUCACUAUUCUCUCAUCUAAAACCAGAAAUACUGUCGAGAGCUCAAACCCUGGUAUUCUGCAUAUUCACGCAGGUGCUAUGGUUCUUGGGGACCGCUUUCUCAGUCUGGACCUCUUUACUAGAUUCAUCAAGGAACUUGAUGCCGUUAUUGUCACGUUUGGAGAGCAUACUGAAGAGCUGCGCGUUGAUCCGCAACGUCUCAUGGUUGCUGGAGCAUCAGCUGGCGGUGGACUUGCUGCUGGAACGGUGCUGUUGGCUAGAGAUCGGAAUGGGCCGAAAUUAUGUGGCCAGAUGCUCCUUUGUCCAAUGCUUGACGACCGGAGCAGCACCGCAUCAGCAGCUCAGUUCGAACGAGAACGAGGUACAUACUGCACUGCCCAGAACAAGAAGGCGUGGGAGUGCGUCCUUGGUGAUCAGAUCGGCCAGGAUGAUGUAAGUAUGUACAUUGCUCCCAUGAGAGCUACGGAUCUUUCCCGUCUCCCGCCCACCUUUGUUGAUGUUGGUGGCGCCGAACCCUUUAGAGACGAGGCCGUGGCGUAUGCUCUAGGAUUGUCACGAUGCGGCGUCCUGACAGACCUUCAUCUUUGGGGAGGAGGGAGUCAUGGCUUUGAGAAAACUGCUCCAGAGGCGGCGUCGUCAAAGGCGUCCAUUCAAGCGAAGGCGGAUUGGGUUCAUAGGAUUCUGAGUGUACUCAACUGA